GUUAUACGCAAUGUGGGUUAGUGUGCCCGUUCUUCCAGCCGAGUGCACCAGACAGUUUAGCAUACUUCCAGAAGCUCGCUGAUACAACAUAGCAAAGAUGGAUCUUGAACAGAUGGGUCCCCAGACCUUCCUUUAUGGUUGUGAGCUGAAGGCAGGGAAGGAGAUUACCUUUAACCCGGAGGAUGAUGAUUAUGAUCAUCAGUUGUCUAUCAGAAUGGCCUGUCUCGAUCCCAAAACAAAAGAUGAACUGAAUGUUGUGGAAAUUGAAGGGCAAGAUGUAGAAGGUCAGAAGGUAAAAGCAGUGCUGGCCACGCUUAAACCUUCCACCCUACCUAGUGUGUGUUUGGGUGGUUUUGAGAUCACACCACCUGUUGUGUUCCGGCUACGUGCCGGAUCCGGUCCAGUCCACAUUAGUGGACAGCAUCUAGUCAUCAUGGGAGGAGAUCAGUCUUUCGACGAAGACGAAGAUGAUGAUGAGGAGGUGGAAGAAGAAGAAGAAGUGAAAACGUCCAAGAAGAGGCCUGCAUCCUUGGCUCAAAAACCUUCUAAAAAAAUGAAGGUGGAUGAGGAAGAAGAGGAGGAGGAUGAUGAUGAGGAUGAUGAGGAAGACGAUGAAGAUGAGGAAAGUGAAGAAGAAUCACCUGUAAAGCAAAAGAAGCCAGCAGCUAAACCACAAACCCCGGCACAGAAUGGAAAGGGGCCAAAGCCCAGCACACCAGCUGCCAAACAGAACAAGACUCCAGUGAAAAACAACAAGGGUGACAAAGGACAGUCACCCAAAACACCACAGACUCCGCGAGUACCUCUUACCAUCCAAGAGAUCAAGGCUAAGAUGUUGACGACCGUUGAGAAGGGUGGAUCAUUGCCUAAAGUGCAGGCAAAGUUUGAAAACUUUGUAAAGAAUUGCUUCAAAGAAAAUGAUCAAAAGGUCAUUGAUGAUCUUUGGAAAUGGAGACAGGCUCAGAACUAAAUCGCCUUUUAUUUUGGUUAAAUUAUUGGCUGUUUUUCCUUUUUGACCUGUUAUUUUACUUUUUGUUACAUGUAAUUUUAUUUUUGUUCCCCAGCCUCUAGUGUUUUCAAAUCCGUGCCAUUCCUUUCAUUGAGAUUUUACUUCGAUCAUGACCUUGCCAUGUCCAUAGGCUGUGUCCGUAGUUGAACAGGGUCAUUUACUCAGUGAGACUCAUUGAACAAAAGAUCUUUUACUGUAAAUGGUUUUUUUGGGCUCUGACCGUCCAUGGUUUCUUGAAAAUGACAUGGAAAGGUUUGCUUUGUGUACUGAUGGUAUAUGAAUCAGAAGUUUAACAUUGUUUAUGAUCAUCAGUAGUGGGUUCAUGAAUGGCUUCUGUGAUUCUUAAAUGAAUUCCCGUAUUUCAACGGUUCACUUUAUUUUUUAAAACCGACUUUGACAUCAAUAUGCUGUACCCAGAAGUAUUUGGAUAGGUUUUUGUAAACGGUAAAUAAUGUUUAUGUAUAUUGAACAUUAAUGUGAAUGUCUGUGCAACUACAUCUUGGCAACAGAUUACUGUCUUAAAUUUUUUUGAUUAAAAUUCAAAUGUGAAUUCUC